AUGAAUGCUGAUAUUGAUGGUGUGGAUUAUACUAAUAGAGGUGGACGAUUGGUCACUGUAAAUAGAGUAGAUGAUGGUGAUGAUGACGAUGGUAUAGAUGUUGGUGAUGAUGAUAAUGAUGAUGGUUAUGGUAAUUAUGAUGGUGGUGAUGGUGAUAGUGAUCAUGAUGGUAGUGAUCAUGAUGGUGAUGAUAAUGAUUAUGGUUAUGGUAAUUAUGAUGGUGAUCAUGAUGGUAGUGAUUGUGGUAGAUAG